AAUUUUUAAUCGCACCCUGCAGUCUAGAGUAAAGUGGGGGAUCAUCUGCAGCAGAUUGCUACGAUUUCAUCGUAAUUUCGCAUCUGGAUUGCCCCUAACAGUAUUUGAAUUGCGAGAGCGAAAGAGCUAUCGACCUGGAUUUAUGAACAAUGAACAGAAUUAGGCCCAGACUGUUCAUGUUUGGGAGGGAGUUGCAUACGCGCUCGUAUGAUGGCCCCUCGGAAACUUUGAAGAGGAAGGUGGCCGAAUUGGAGAAAAUAAGGAAGAUGAGGACCUCAAGAAAGAAAGACCAGUUCUUUGUGGAGGUUCCCGAGUCUAAAUCAUUCCUCGACACUGCCACAAUGCCCAUGAUUCUUGCUGCGGUUGGAAUCGCUCUCUUUGCCAAGCUCCUCAUGAUGUAUGAUGAUUCCAGGUCCCAAGAGUUACUUGAGCGCAAGAUAAAGCAUGCACCGGCUGACCAAGGCACGGUAAGAAUGCUUACGCGUGAAGAGUGGGAGGAGUUUCGAGAAGUGAGGCCAAGGACUCCUUUUGAAUCUAAGCUUGCCCGACCUAAUGCUCGAAUAAGAACUGGAGAACCAUUGCGUUUGGAGGACUUGAAGGAUUGGACAACUGAUGUGCUGAUGGAUGCAGUUGCCCGAGUUGAAGAGUAUGGUAGACGUGACUCCAAGUGAUAUUAGUUGCUGCCCCAGUUCUGAGUUCAGUUUGUCAUGCCAGAUGAAAGUCAUUAUGAUUACGAACUUGUUAACCUCUGAAGAUUUGCUCAAUAGCCGUAAUAGCUUGAUUUGACUCCUGACAAUUGAUUAGGAAAUAAGAAUUAUCAUAUGGAUGUAUUAACUUUACGCAUUGAUACACGAAUGGAACUUUUUCAGAUUGUUAAUAUUCUCUUUAAAGCUGUUAAAUGUAAGUGGUUGCACACAAGUACCUCCCAGUACAUUAGCCUUCUUGGUGUCUAUGAUGUAAUGGUGGGUUGGGCUAGGCUAGUGAAUGCACUUCUUCGGUGAUUGGCCUGUAUAAGGAAGUUGUAUUCAAACAACCAUUCCUUGGUGGCUAGAUUGUUGAGUAAACUUUAGUUAUGCUGAGAGGCCAUCAGCCCUUUCUGGGUCUGAA